GCUCGCCAGCCCGCCCGCCCGCCGCGCACGCAGCCGGCCCCGGCUCCCCGCGCCCGGCGCCCCGCGCCCCGCUGCCUCCGAGCGAAGCCGGGCUGGGCUUGGAGCUGCUCAUGGACAAAGUGCCGGGCGAGAUGGAGAUUGAGCGCAGGGAGCGGAGCGAGGAGCUGUCCGAGGCGGAGAGGAAGGCGGUGCAGGCUACGUGGGCCCGGCUCUAUGCCAACUGCGAGGACGUGGGGGUGGCCAUCCUGGUGAGGUUCUUUGUGAACUUCCCGUCGGCCAAGCAAUACUUCAGCCAGUUCAAGCACAUGACCGAGCCCCUGGAGAUGGAGCGGAGCCCCCAGCUGCGGAAACACGCCUGCCGGGUCAUGGGGGCCCUCAACACUGUGGUGGAAAACCUACAUGACCCCGAGAAGGUAUCGUCUGUGCUCGCCCUUGUGGGCAAAGCGCACGCCCUCAAGCACAAGGUGGAGCCGGUGUACUUCAAGAUCCUCUCUGGGGUGAUUCUCGAGGUGAUCGCGGAGGAAUUUGCCAAUGACUUCCCAGCAGAGACGCAGAGAGCCUGGGCCAAGCUGCGCAGCCUCAUCUACAGUCACGUGACCGCUGCCUACAAGGAAGUGGGCUGGGUACAGCAGGUCCCCAACACCACCACCCCGCCGGCCACGCUGCCCUCUUCAGGGCCGUAGGACCCCCUCUCUCCUCCCCCCUCCCAGGCAGCACCUUGAGCAGAAGGCCGAGUUCUGAAGACCCUCCUUGACCCUCCAUUUCUGGGUGCCAAGGAAGCUGGAGGAAACCCUGACUUGUCUUCCCAGAAAGAGGCAGCCUCUGUUGUGGCCACAGUCGCCACUGGAGCGGCCGGCAGGUGGUGCUGGCUGCCUGUCUGCGGACCCCAGCUCAGGGGCCUGUGGGGGUGGGGACGCUUCCUCCUUCAAGAGCCGGGCCCACUCUUCUUAGCUUUUGUACUCUCUGUCAGAGACCUAGCUGAGCAGCUGGCAGGAGUCCGGGGCAGGUGUGAGUCUUUCCAGGAGUAAGCCAGCCCCAUUUCUAUCUGCCCCACCAGCAUGCAGGUCCCCACAUCACCUAUCUAGAGCAUCACGCACACUCAUCAACCAUACAGAUAUAUUCUAUAUACAAU